ACUGAACAGCUCCCAAAAAGGACUACCAUUUGCUUAUGUAUGCUUUAAUCAGAGUUAGAGAAGUAGAGAGAAGAAAAGGUGGCAAAAUAUCUGGCAAAGGUCGUCAGAGGGAUUUACAUAUUCGGACAAAAUGAUUUGUCAAAAACGACCAACUCUGGCACUCUGCUUUUGGUAUCCCCUGUUAACCACCUCUCUCUCUCUACCCACCUUAUCUCUCCCCCUUCAACAUUCCUCACCCUUCAAGAUUUCUCAGUCACUGGAUCCCUUCUUUUAGAGAGAGAGAGAGAGAGAGAGAGAGAGAGAGAAGAGGCAGAACCUUCUUCUUCUUGUUGUGUGUGAGAAUUGGAAGCCAUGGCCUUUGCAGGAACAACCCAGAAGUGCAUGGCAUGUGAAAAGACAGUCUAUCUGGUGGACAAGCUGACUGCAGAUAACCGUGUCUUCCACAAGGCUUGUUUCAGAUGCCAUCACUGCAAAGGAACACUCAAGCUUGGAAACUACAACUCCUUUGAGGGGGUCCUGUACUGCAGGCCACACUUCGAUCAACUCUUCAAAAUGACCGGUAGCCUUGACAAAAGCUUUGAAGGGACACCAAAAAUUGUGAAACCAGAGAAACCUAUUGAUAAUCAGAAACCUCUGGCGAGUAAAGCAUCAAACAUGUUCGGGGGAACCAGAGAUAAAUGCCUGGGCUGUAAGAAUACCGUCUAUCCAACUGAAAAGGUUACGGUGAAUGGAACGGCGUACCACAAAAGUUGUUUCAAAUGCAGCCAUGGAGGCUGCACAAUAAGCCCUUCCAACUACAUUGCACAUGAGGGCCGGCUUUACUGCAAACACCACCACACCCAACUGAUAAGGGAGAAAGGCAACUUAAGCCAGCUCGAGGGUGACCAUGAGAAGGAUUCUGCAAAUGAAAAAGUCAAGGUCAGAGAAGUUGCUGCUGAGUCAUGAUCUGCUUGAGGAAUAUUCACCCUCAAUCUUGUGGUUUUUUCUGCGGUCCAUUUUAAUGCAGUAAUGAUCUUCUACUUUCCAUGCAGUGGAGAAAUGUUUUACACUACCAAAGUGGAUGGAAGUCUCGAAUGUUUCCACUUACCAGUUUGUGUGUUCUGUCUUUUCGUUUGUUGUUUCUUGUGCUUUCAUGAGGACUUGGCUAUUCUUAAUAUCAUAAGACAAGUAAUAUGCCAGUGUUAUUGGAAAACUCUUAUUCCCUUCCAUCAGUUUUGAAUAAAUGCCAUUGGUGCCGGUUGCUUUUGCUUGUA